AUGAAGCCUGAUAUCACUUUGUAUUUAAUCGGGGCUGGCCUCCUUGGGCUUGCGAAUGCCCAGAUUAAGCCCGGCCCCAGGCCUGGUAGCGGCGGCAUUCAGCCUGGCAGUGGUGGCAUUCAACCUGGCAGCGGUGGCAUCCAGCCUGGGAGUGGUGGCAUCCAGCCUGGCAGUGGUGGUGGAAUCCAGCCUGGCAGCGGUGGCAUCCAGCCUGGUAGCGGUGGUGGAAUCCAACCUGGCAGUGGUGGCAUCCAGCCUGGCAGCGGUGGCAUUCAACCUGGCAGCGGUGGCAUCCAGCCUGGUAGCGGUGGUGGAAUCCAACCUGGCAGUGGUGGCAUCCAGCCUGGCAGCGGCGGUAUCCAGCCUGGUAGCGGUGGCAUUCAACCUGGCAGCGGUGGCAUUAAACCUGGCAGUGGUGGCAUCCAGCCUGGUAGCGGCGGUAUCCAGCCUGGCAGUGGUGGUAUCCAUCCUGGCAGUGGUGGUGGAAUCCAACCUGGCAGCGGUGGUAUCAGUCCUGGCGGUAGCGGGGGCAUUCAGCCCGGCAGUGGUGGUACCCGCCCUGGAUCCUGGACCUGUCCCAACCCACGAAAGGCAUACAAUCAAUCCCCACCAGUCACCACUAGCAUCUCCUGUCCUGCGAGUGAUGGAAGUAUCUAUGAGACAGUUGAUGGCAGCUGGUACUACCUGCAGUGCUGUACGCAAAGCUCCACGAACGCGUUGUCUGUCGGUACACCGCAGGUCUCGAGUAUGGAAGAAUGCCUAAAGAAAUGCUCUGACGUUGCAAACUGCGAAACUGUCUCGUUCGAGCCUUCCACCCUCUAUUGCAACCUCCUCGACUUCGGUUCUUUUUCUCAAACCUCCCACGGAAGCCAGCUCCAUGCCUUCCCGACUUCACCUCCGGUCACUAAGCAGCCCACAAUGACAACUCGCCGUUGCGCUACCACCUGUCCCGAGGCUAAUGGCCAGAUCUACGUGAGCCCGUUUGGUGAGACCUUCUACAUGAGCUGUGGAAUGCGUCACGGCACACCGUAUCUCAACGUUGAGGCAGUUUCGACUCUUGAAGAUUGCAUGGAUCACUGCGCAGCUUCUCCUUCGUGCAGCAGUGUUGACUUUGACCAAAACAAGCAAGUGUGCUAUUUGAGCAACAACGACAGCCCUCCAACUCUCGCAGCUCCUCGAUUUGCCGCUGCUCACUCUGUCGGUUGUUCUGGAGCGUGCGAGGGCUGCGGUAAGCAAAAGUGUGGCUCACAGAAGCCAAAGGCCGACCCGAAUCAAUGCGUUGACAACCAGAUUGUUAACGUUGCCAACCACCCAUUCCGGGUCAAAUGUAACCAAUGUUAUACAGGCGUAGACGCACAAUCUGUCGCCAAACCCGAAGCCAAAACUCAUGAGGAAUGCAUGCAGCUUUAUUUGUUGGAAGCUAAUGCCUACGUUGGAGCGCAUUGGAGGAAGAAUGGCGGAUGUAUUCUGAAGCCUGCUGGCGCUACAAUCUCGGGCCACACCGAUUGUGUUGCUGCCUUCGUGCCUCUCUGGAAGUGAUUUUUGGUCAAGAUCUCAGUCUUCAGUCUUAUUCCAAUUGGCUCUUACUAUUGGUUUUUAAGCCGACCUUUGCUGGGUGUUCACUCCUGCCCUUUCGGUCGUUAUAUCAUUUUUCAUGUUAUUCCGAUAUAUUUAUCAACAGACUGUACUUGCUCGCUAUUUUCGUACCCUAGUCAAUUCAUUUGCAACAGAAAAAUGAACAUCUCUUAAAGUAUUUGCCA